AUAAGCGUGCGAAUCAUGCGGCCACGGCUGCUUAUUUGGGAUGCACUGGAGUGAACACGAAUCACUUGCGUGUAAGAGAGAAUCACGGUGCCAAGCUAGUGGCUACAGUGGCUAAUUUGGUCAGUACUGACAACUGAGUGAAGAAGCUCUUGCGUGUGAGAGAGUAUCACAGCGCGAAUCUUGUGGACACGGCGGCCUCUUACCUGUGCAAUAUUCCUUUGUAAGCAUCUCAUCUGUUUUAGAUAAAAAGGGGUUGUAGCCCUGCUCCAUUAAAAGCAUAACCGAAGAAGCAGCAUUAGGGUGUUACCUGCGCAAGAGUAGUUCGCAGUUUCUAGAAAGAAAAUAAACACCACUGGAGCUGAACAGCAGCUUGACCAGGGAACCUACUGGUCGAGCCAGUUGGUGUAUUCAGUCAGUGACCGGCCGGCGGCGAGCUUAGUCGGAUGAAAGCAAAUAAGCAAUACCAGGCAAUCCUCUGAUCACUGGUGCUGGGUGCACCAAAUCUGCUCUCCUGAAACUAGUGCUUUUCUCCCGUGUACGACCAAAUCUGGUUCUCUUGGAAGGAAUUCUGGAAGCGCACAUAUGUUGAACAGCACCACCAAACACACCAAAUACUUAUCUAGCAUAACCAAAUAGAAAUAGUGUACUUGCUAGCAGAAUGGAAAUCCAAUGCCCUAAGUUGUUUUAUAUGUGUAUCUGUAAUCCUCUAUAGUGUACCAAUUUUGAACAUUGAAUCUACAUUUCUUUCUCUAUCAUCGUGGCACCCUAAAAUUGAUAUACCAACAAGGCCUUGGCUUGCGUGGAAAGAAGCAAGCAAAGUAUGGGCGGGGUCCGGCCACCCUUGUUCUUAGGAGGGUAUGGAGAUAUUUUAUGCCGCCACUACAAUCACCCUUGGUGGCAAGCUCCGUGGCUUGACGGGAGGAAGCCCAUUGAGAUUGUCCCUCUCCUCUAUGCCUCUUCCAAGAAUAUGAUUUGAAGGUCUUGCAAGCAAUGUAUGAAGACGCUUGUGUUGGGUUGCGAAAAUUGACUUGACACGUCCUUUUACCACUGACCACCUCUCCCAGUUUGUUGAGCUUUGGUCCCUUAUCGUGAAUGUUUAACUUCACCAAGACUUCGAGGAUGGCAUCACUUGGAGACUCACUUCAAAUAGCCAACAUUGAACCAAAUCGGUUUAAGAGAAGCAAUUCUUGAAUCCUAUUCAUAGGGCCAGAUGCCCUGAAAGUAAGGUUCUUCACUUGGUGUGUAAACCAAAAUUAUAUUUGAACGACAGAUCGCUUUUUACUACGAGUGGAUGCAAAACAGGGCCAGAUUUAGGUCUGGCUAGCAAAUAGGUCCCCAUGUUGGAGAUGCCCUCGCCACUGUCCAAGUCGGCCAAAGCCAGGCCUUCACCAGUCGCUCCUCCCUCACCAUCUGUUGCUGCCGCUACAGAUUCUUACCGAGUCACCGGCCACCACCGCUCCCUGGCACCGCUUGCCUCCUCAUGCUUCCAAUCCCUUGUCGUCUGAAGUCAGGCCGUCCCUGCCCGGUGGUCGCCUCUUCCCUCUGGUGCUAGCGCUGCUGCUUGCCUGAAAUUCCAGUUCCUUCGCCUCUCGGCGCGUGGGUUGCCAGUGCUAUCAGCCGUGCCAUACCAUUGCACCCCAGCAACGCAUUGAGCACAUUACCCUCCACACUACACAUUCAGAAUUUGAAUAGGAUUUGACAGGCACAACUUUCUGGGAGAAAAGGUCCCUGGAAAUGGUCACUGACACAUACGACGUAGAGCAGCCGAUGGAAAAUCAUGCAGCAAGCAUCAGCCGCAUCACAUCAGAUGUCCUACACGAGAUCCUUCUCAGGCUUCCGAUCAGCUCUCUCCUGAGAUUCCUCAGAACAUGCCACCAAUGGCGCGACGUAAUCCUCGACCCUUGCUUCGUCAUGGGCCACGCUAGUCGUGCACCUGAGCACCUCCUCCUCUUCCUGCCUAGAGUGGAUGCUUCAGCCAGCCACAAGACUCUCACGCCUGGCCGUGUAAAGCUCUUCGACGAGAAAUGGUCCGUGUCAACAUGGGCAGCAUCGUCCAUGGAACAUGACGACCACCUCUUCGCAUCUUGCAAUGGCCUGCUCUGCUUCUACAGGAAGUACACGCUGAAGAUCGUCAACCCCACGACCGGCCAAACCCUGCAUCUCUCGAAACCGGACGGGAAACUGUUCCGUGACCUGUACUACUUGUACAGCUUCGGCUUCCACCCGGCGACAGCGGAGUACAAACUCAUAUACUUCCACCAUGAGCCCCGACAAGGCAGGUCAUCAGGGCAGCCGUUCUGCUUCGACAGCAUCCAGGUGUACACCCUUGGAGAAGACAGGUGGAGGGAGAUCAGAGCACCAAAAGAGAGCUGCCUGGUGAACCUCGGAGUCGUCAACGUUGACGGCGCGAUGUACUGGAUCACAGAAGAGGAAGUGACAUGCUGCGGCGUGGCGGUCAUGAGGUUUGAUCUUAAGGACGAGACCUUCAUGACCUUAAGGCCUCCGCAGCUCAAGGCUUGUGAGGCGACAAACGGGCCCUGUGAGGCUCCCGACCGCUCUUACUACAUAACCGAGGUGGACAAGAAGGUGUGCCUGGUGACUGUCCCGUUUAACUGCAGCGCUCCCCGGUGGCGCCGCUACAAUGCGGAGGUUUCGGGCAGGAUGGAUGUGUGGAUGCUCGAGAGUCCCACUGAAGAUAGGUGGUUUCUGAAGUACAACAUCGAUGUGCCGUCCUCUGCUCCGCGGUUCGUCCCUCAGCCAUGCUUCAUCCGCGGGGAGAAGAUCUUGCUGCACGAUCGCGAGGGUGCUGCGUUCAGCCGAGACCUGCAGGGCGACGGCAUGCAGAUCGAGGAGUGCAGUGAGGUGAAACUGCUGAACUUCAGGCCUCACAGGUAUUACGAGACGCAAUCCUACCUGUACAAGGAGACCCUUGUCCCGUUGGAUGUGUACGCCGGGGCGGCCAUUGUUCGCGCGCCGCACUGGCCUCGCGCCCCACCUGGUUACUGAUCCUGUAGUUUGAAGUUUCUGCCAGCCUUGUAUUCUGAAUUUAUGAUUGCAAUUCUGCAUUUGCCGCCAUGGUCCAAUAUAGGUAGGUAGAAGGAUAUCUUUUGUAUCUUCAGAACAGGGUCAUGCCGAAUUAUGUUGUAAAUAUUGGUGGAAUUUUAAGUAAUUAGUUGUACAUAUUCAAAACUAUUUUUUAUGCUGAUGGUUUUGUUAAUUCA